AUGAGACACUUCAGCAAAGACAACAUCUACUCGAUCCUUAUCCUGUCGUUUGGAUCCUUCUUCUAUGGCUAUGACUCCGGCCUCACCACCUCUAUCAUUGGAUAUCCCCAAUUCAUCUCCUAUUUCAAUUUCAACUCCAACACCAUUGGGGCCCUGGGAUCGUGCUACUAUGCCGGCAGCUUCUUCGGGUCGUCACUGAACUUCUGGCUCCCGGAUCGAUAUGGCCGAAAGCCCACCAUCUACAUCGCUUGCAUUGUCGCUCUCGUCGGUGCCGUCCUGCAGACUGCUGCCCAAAACAUCGAAAUGUUGUUCGUCGGCCGUGUCAUCGGCGGUAUAGCCUCAGGUAUUAUCUUUGGCGUGUGCCCGAUGUUCAUGUCCGAAAUUUCCCCACCAGAAUUCCGUGGGAGAGUAGGAGGUCUCUACAACCUUAAUAUCAACUUGGGCUAUACCUUGACCGAAUGGAUGGGUCUCGGAUUCAGCUACAUUACCUCCAACGUUGCCUGGCGGUUGUUCUUGGGUCUGCAGCACGUUCCCCCGGUUCUGAUGGCCGUGUGCACUCCUCUGCUGCCAGAAUCGCCCCGAUACCUGAUUAUGCGAGGCCGCUACGACGAGGCGCUGGAAGUCAUUACGAGACUGCACGGUGGUGCCGCGGGUCAGGACGACGACUUCUACAUCCGUGAAUUCAACCAGAUCAAGGCCCAGCACGAGCUCGAAGUCCGUGAGCGCGUCAGUCUCGCCGCGGUUCUGCGCCGGCCUUCGUACCGCAAGCGCAUGUUCAUCGUCGUCUUCCAGUUCGCCUUCGCCAUGUUCACCGGCAUCAUCCCGCUCCAGAACUACCAGUUCAUCCUGUACACCUACCUCGGCGUCACCAACAAGAUGGCUUUGGUCAUGGUGGGUGUCUGGGGCACGUGUGGUGUCAUCUUCUCGACCAUCGGUGCCUUGCUCUUCGACAAGUUGGGCCGUAGGAAGUCUCUACUGAUUUCUCUCUGGGUGCAAUUCCUGGCCUCUAUUGCCAUGGUUAUCUUCUGGGCAAAAUUCCAAGAUUCGGGCAAUACCAAUCUGCUCCUGGGACGGUUUACUGUGGGCUUCAUGUUCGUCUACCUGGUCGGCUACGCAUUUAUCAUGAACUCAUUCGGCUAUACGUACCCCUCGGAAAUCAUGCCGACGCCGAUUCGCGCGGCUGGCAACGCCGUGGCCUUCUGCACGUUCAAUGCCAUCACCAUCAUGUUGGUGCAGGUGACGCCGAUCGCGGUCGAGAAGAUCGCCUGGAAGUACUUCCUGAUCUUCAUCAUCUGCGACGCCAUCUUCAUCACCGUCGUGUACUUUGUGUAUCCGGAGACGGUGGGCAAAACACUGGAGGAAAUCGCCGCCUUGUUCGGCGACGAGGUCGCCGUCAAUAUUCAGGAGGCCCACGAUUACCCGGACACCGUGAACGACGGCGUCAAGAACGAGAAGGUCGGCACCGAGGUCACCGAGGCGGAGCGGGUCGAGGACGUGGAUGGGAAAGGCCGGCACGCCUUGUAG